AAGUAGCAUGCACGCGUCCCUCCAUUUAAAUGUUUUAAAAGACGUGCGUGUUUCCCCGUGUUGUUGUGUGGAAGAAGAGGUGAAAAGAGGGCUACGCUGGGGAGACCGUCUUCGUGUAGUGUGUGUGUUAUCAGGUUGCCAGAGCUAAAUAAUCAUCAUGGGAUCCAGUGAGAGCAAGAUGGUGUCUUCAACAUUGAAGCCAGACUCGAAGCAAAACGCCAAAAACGAGAGAGUGAGCCGGCUAAUCGAUCCACGCUCUCCCUCAGCGGGCAUUGAUCGCACACCCAUUCAGGUUGGAGGGCCUGUGUCCAAAACCUCAGCUGAUGUGAAGAGUGAAUGUGUUGUGCCAUCCACUGAUCCCCGCUCACCUACAGUUGGCAUUGCCCGCACACCUGUCAGGGAUGCCAUGAGAGCCACAGUUGGCUCCCUGGCUCGUCGGCUGGGCUUGCUUUUCCACAGUGAGAUUGAACAAGCCCCUUUGCCAUCUCACAGGCACUCACAUCUCAAUGUGGAGGAGGAGGCCAGUGUGGAUGAGGAGCUGGGUUCCACUGAGCCACUUCUGACUCAUCAGCUGCCCCAGACGUUUGGCUCCCUGGCUGAGCAUGCUAACCUUUUGACCACCCCGGUGCUGGCUCCUCUCCAGAAUGUGGGUGACUCAAGCCCCUUUGUUCUUCUUGGGGAUGCCCAGUUAGAGGUGGAAGUAGAGACUGAGGCCGAUAUGACCCUUGAGGAGGCAGAAGAAGCCAAGGAGUCUCCACUUCACAAGAGACUGAGUAUGAGCCUGAUAACUUGCCACGAGGGAGCGGCCCCCGCCCAGAUAUUUGCUGAAGUGCACCAUGACAGUCCUUCAUCUCCAGUGCCGAGUGUAGCAGUAGAGCCAUUAGGGGAUGAAACUGAUCACUCUUAUGCCCUUCCAUCUGUCAACUCUGAACCAGAGCGCCCCAUGACCCCUGUCCAGGUUUCUGUACCCACUGUUACAGAGGCUGCCCAGGCUCCAACAUCCCCUGAGCAGCCAACAGAUGCAGUGCAGAUGUCAUCUUCAGUAGAAACCCAAGAGGUGGGAGUUCCAAAAGCUUCCCCUGUGCUUCCUAAGCUGGCCAAAAUGGAGUCGCCAACCGUCCCAAGCCCAGUCCUAGCCCAAGAGCAGAAACAGUCCCACACUGGAAUCCGCUGUCCCACCUUUGACUCAAAGAGCCCAAGUCAAGUGGUGUUCAAGCCCCAGUGGCUUGGAAAGGGCUUUGGUACCACUGGGUUGAGAGCCAGAGGAGUGCAAGCACAUGGAGGGAAAGGAGGCUCGUCUCCCCUUGCUGUCAGAGUGGCUGUCAAGAACAUUACCAAUGAAAACAAGGGGCAGUCUGCAAAACUCAAGCAGAAAGGUAACGGACUCUCUGAAGGCCGCUCACCACUGCAGAUCCUUAAGGAGACCAACUCCCCCAGGGACCAGCAUCCUCAGAUGAAGCUGAAGGUGUCCACCCCAGAUAGGCAGAGGAUUGGACAGAUGGACCGCAGAGUCCUGACGGUGGCUCUGGAUAAGGAGAACAGAUGAUGCAUUACAGGAAAAAAAUCCUGCCACGUUUUCGUAAUGCUUAAAGCAAGCUUUUAAAUGUACAGUUUCUUAAACUGAUUGAAUAUGUAAAUUUCCUGUUCAAUUACAACUUGAUGUAUAAUCUACGUUUUCUAUCCUGUUUCUGUCCCUCUGUAAAUAGAAAUAAAAUUACUUGCUUUCAUAA